UCCACUGAAGUUUGGGCAUUGUGUUUUGAUUUUAGAACGUGUGUAAUACGAUAUUUCCCGACAGUUUCAUUGAUCUCAAACCUUCAAUUAGAUUUUAGUGGAAGUGUUCAAUAGUUUUUGUGAUUGUUAGAAUUCUCUCAAGGUGAAAUGUAGCGGUAAAUAAUGGAUUUUGUCCCACGUGAGUAGAAGUCGAGUGAACUUGACCGGUAUUUUUUGAGUGAACUAGUUGAUCGUCUAAUUUUUUAACGAACAAAUGAGAGAGACUCCUUCAGUCAUUCCUGGGCUUCCUGGGGGAUGGAAACGGAUAAACAGAAGUCCCUGUCCCACAAAGAGUGGAGGAGGAUCGCGAAGAAAGAGAGGAGGAGGAAAAUACGGCGUAAACACGCUCGUGAGAGAGAGGCCGAUGAUGAUCGUUUGAGGGAGACACUGGAGAGGAGCGCGGAGUAUUUGAAAUGGAUCGAGGAGCAAGCGAAUUUGGAGAAAGAAAAGGAGAGACGAGAACGAGAGGAGCAUGACGAGCAGGAACGGCUCUGGCUUGAGAGAGAGGUGACAGCCCAGGAAGAAUGGAAGCUUCUCCAAGAACGUCGUUCAAAAGCCCGAGCCGAGCAGCACCGCCAGGAGGAGAUCCUCCGAAAGGAGUUCGAGGCGAAGCAGCAGCUCCUGAACAAGCGGAAAAAAGAGACCCAGAGCCGUCAGGAAGAGGAGCUGAAGCACCAGGAGACCCUCAAGAAGGCAAUAGACAGUUACAUCGACGAGGGGACGAAGACCCCCGAGUCCUUGCGAGCAGUGAUGGACAGCAAACCUGGGAAGGAGCUCUGUCCCUUCUUCACGAAGACAGCAGCCUGCAAGUACGGUGACUCCUGCUCCAGGAACCACCGAAGACUCGCCCUCGGGAAGAUCCUCGUGAUUCCUGGAUUCUACACUCACUUUUCCCUCGAGAGAAAUUCAUUCGAGUACGACACUGACAUCGGCCUGGAGUACGACAGCUUCGAGACUCAAAAAGACUUCAGGGAAUUCUAUCGAGACGUUCUGCCAGAGCUGGAGUCCUUCGGAAGGAUCAAAACCCUGAGGUUCUGUCGUAAUACUGAGGUUCAUCUCAGGGGAAAUCUCUAUGUGGAGUACUCCAGUGAGAGGGAGGCUGCGAGGGCCUGGAGGAAAUUGAAUGGACGUUAUUACGCUGGAAGACAAUUGAACUGCGAAUUCGCGAACAUUGGCUCGUGGAGGGCUGCUGUCUGCGGACUCCUCAGGUGUCCAAAAGGCAAAAUGUGCAAUUUUUUGCAUACUUUCAGGAAUCCCAGGGAUGAGUACGAUAUAAUGAGCCCUCCGAGGUGGAGCAAGAAGGGGGAGGGGGAGAAUUCCGAUCGGAGGAGUGAGAAGAGUGAACGCAGGAGUCAAUCCUCAUGGGACGAUUCAGUCCGAAGUACAAAAAGAGACCACAAAGACUGGAGAUGGUCAGAGUCUCCAGAAACCGAGGUGAAACCCCGAGAGCACCGAAAGUCCUCGAGGAGCUCGAGAUCUAGCUCUAGAACUUCGAGAUCGAGAAGAACACGAGAGGAAUCUUCUUCGAGGUCUCGAAGACGAAGAAGUCCCCCUGAUGAUGAGUAUCGUGGAAGAUCCAAGAAGAGUCGUCGUCACGAGUCGAACAAGGAGAACGGGAGGGACCACAGAACGCCCAAACGAUCCAAGAGGGACAGCUCGAGGGAGAGGAAUUCAAAGAAAUCGAAGUGGGAUAAGGCUGAAGUGUCGGUUCCUUCUGACACGAAUUGCUCCAGUGGAGAGGAAGACAAUGCAGGGAGGAAAAGUGGGGACACUGAGGGGUAUCAGUGGGACACUACAGACUCUGAAGGAGAGCCUCAAGGGGCUUCUGGAGAUUGAAUGAAGUAUCCAAUUUGUUGAUUAUUGAAUAAAUUAUUUUUUCAUGCAUUAAAAAGGA